AUGGCUUUAGACGCAGAAGCACUGAAGGUGCUAUCUGAUCUCAAACGUAAGCGGGGUGUUGUGAAGGCCGCACUCACGCGAACGCUAAAAUUUAUCGGAAAUUUUGAUGCAAGGGUUGAGGCGCUAUCCCUACUAGAGUUUAGGCAAGAAGAGUUGCCCCAAAUUAAUAAGCAGUUUGAUGACGUGCAAGUUGAGAUAGAAUUGCUCAACACUGAUGAGCUUUUAGAAGAGGAAAAGGAAAGAGACGAAUUUGAAAAAAAUUAUUUCGCAGCACGUUCACAAAUUCAAGAAAUUAUAAAUAAGAACAAACGUCGCAAUGCAUCGGGUGACGAUGCUUCACUUGAUUCAUCAGCGCAGUACCCACGAGCACAUCUAGCCCCGAUCGAUUUACCGAAGUUCAACGGAAAUAUACAAGAAUGGGAAGCUUUCUUCGACAGCUUCAAGGUGAUGGUGCACAACCAGGACAGUUAUUCUCAGGCUCAUAAAUUUCACUACCUUCGCUCAACGUUAAGUGGACAAGCACUGGACUUGAUAAAGCCUCUACCAAUGACGGACGCGAAUUAUGGACUAGCAAUACAAAAACUUCAACAGCGGUACGAUAACAAAAGUUUAGUAAUUCAAACACAUAUUCGGAAGAUUCUGAAUAGUCCUCGAAUACAGUCUGCCUCAGCUCAAGAAUUAUCAAGGCUACAAUCACAUAUCACUGCACACUUGGCAGCACUAGAGGCAUUGAGAAUGCCUAUUGAACAUUGGGACGCAUGGCUGGUAACCAUUUUAGUGGAAAGAAUGGACGGAGCAUCCAGUCAUGAAUGGCAGCUCCGACAAAGGACUACAGAGUUACCCAAAUAUAAGGACGUGAUGGCAUUUUUGGCAAGUCGCAGUAUCGCCUUUGAAAGCUCGGAAGCACUAUCAAUUAGGGUAAACGAAAUCAACCACUCAUCAAAAAAGGCAAGCCAUGGGGGCACUAGCAAAAGAAUAACUUUAGCGGCGUCAUCAGAAUCAAAUCUUGAUAAGUGUAACCUGUGCGAAGGUUCACAUAGACUAUAUGCCUGUUCGAAGUUUAAGGAACUAUCAGUGUCAGAUCGCUUUAAUCAUGUGCGUGGGAGACGUUUAUGUUUUAAUUGUCUGGCGCCAUCUCACAUGUCGGAUGCGUGUCGCUCUAAAUAUUCUUGUCAAAAAUGUAGAAGACCUCAUAAUACGUUACUACACUUUGAAGGUAAUGCUCGGGACGUUUCGGCUGCUGCUACCGUUUCUCAUGAUAACGAAGCCAAAGGUGAUGCUGAAGAAGUUGCUAACGCAGAUCAAGUGUCACUAUUAAUAAAUCACAAUAAAAGUCAUGUAUUUCUAUCGACCGCGGUUGUGUUAGCAACUGACAAAUUUGGCAAUGCCCGCCAAUGUCGAACUAUAUUGGACAGUGGGUCCCAAGUGAAUUUCAUAUCCAAGGGUCUGUACAACAAGCUGCAAUUGCCGACAAGGCAUUCAAUUCUACCAAUAAAUGGUAUUGGAGCAAGUCAUGUACAAUCAAGAUCGUGUGUGGAAGUACAAUUGAAGUCAAGAGUGUCAAAUUUCAACAUAAAUAUAUCUUGCUACAUAUUACCUGUCAUCGUGAACUCAUUGCCCGCAGUAACCUCCCCAGUGGAUGGUUGGAAUAUACCAGAAGAUCUAGCCAACGGCUUGGCGGACCCGACGUUCUUCGAGGCCGGGUCAAUAGACUUACUCAUUGGAGGAGGCUCGUUUUUCGAUCUUUUGGACCCAGAACGAGUUCAUUUAGAAGUGGAUACAUUGUGCCUGCAAGGUAGCAAAUUCGGAUGGAUAGUGACGGGUGAAAUUGGUGUCAUUUCACUCCCGAGUAUCGCAUCGAUGGGACAGUUGUUAGAAGAGGACUGGAGAGCGUUGAAGGACAAAGAAGAUAAUUUAUACGGACGGCAUUCAAAGAUGAAUCUAAAACUAUUGGAAGAGAAGCAGACCGUUGAGCAUUUCAAGAAGAAUACAAGGAGGGGAAUGGACGGUCGCUUCAUCGUAAGAUUACCACUGAAACCCUUAGUAGAAGAGCUCGGUGACACGUUGAAACUCGCAACCACUCGCUUCAUAAGUGUAGAAAGGAGACUAAUGCGGGAUGAGAAGCUUCAGAAGGAAUACGCUCGAUUCAUGGAGGAGUACCUUGACCUUGGGCACAUGGAAGAGGUAAUUGAUGAAGACCAAAUACCUAAGCGAUCGUCCUACCUACCUCACCAUGCCGUGAUAAAGGAAUCAAGUCUAACCACCAAGGUCCGCGUUGUAUUCGAUGCUUCUGCAAAGAGUUCGACUGGUGUCACGCUCAAUGAUGUGUUGAUGUGUGGACCAAAUGUCCAAGAGGAUGUCUUCUCUAUAUUAGCCAGAUUCAGGAAGCAUCAAUACGUGUUGACAUCAGACAUCGAAAAAAUGUUUAGACAGGUAGCAGUUGCAAAAACGGAUUGGGAUCUCCAGCGCAUCGUGCGGAGAGCCAAACCCAGUGAUCCUUUGCGCACAUUUCGACUCACAACUGUGACUUAUGGGACUACAUCGGCCUCAUUUCUUGCAACUCAGUGCCUAGUAACCUUGGCAGAAAAUGUAAAGGGGCUUUACCCUAAUGCAGCUCGAAUAAUUAGAAGAGAUUUUUACAUGGAUGACCUCAUGUCAGGGGCCGAUACAGAAGAGGAAUGUUUGAAGCUACAACAAGAAAUAAGUGAUAUUCUGAACUCGGCCAAACUCAAAUUGCGAAAAUGGUGUUCAAAUUCUGUAAGGGUGUUAGAGAAUAUAGACAAGGUUGAGGACGAUCCACUUUUUACUUUAGAAAUUAAGGAUGGAAAUACGGUGAAAUCUCUGGGGUUAGGUUGGAAACCGUUAGCAGAUCAGUUUCACUUCAACAUCUCCAUAGACCCGUCAUUAAACAAGUGCACAAAGAGGACAUUGCUAUCGGAUUUGAAUCGUGUGUUUGACCCACUUGGAUUCUUAUGCCCUGUUUUACUAAGAGGAAAAAUGUUUUUACAGCAAAUAUGGUCGAUGAAAUUAGAUUGGGAUACGCAACUUUCUUCUGACAUUCAAGGAAGGUGGAAAUCAUUCAUUCGUGAGUUGCAGGAUCUCAAAUGUUUAUCUAUUCCAAGGAAGGUGAAGCCAUUGGCAAAUCAUCCUCCCGAAAUACAUGGAUUUUGCGAUGCCUCCCAGGAGGCAUAUGGGGCUUGCAUCUAUAUCAAGGAAGGUGGAAUUCUCAGCUUCUUUGUGCAAGGACAAGAGUGGCACCUCUGA